AAUGUAUUCAAAAAGAGAAAAUUUGAGCGUUUGGAAACGUACUAAAUCGCAUUUUUUAUGUUGUGCUAGAAUAAGCUCGGUUCAUGGAGUUGCACAUAUUGUCAGACCGAAUGUAAGUCCGUUUGAAAGAGUAUUAUGGGCUUUGCUAGUUUUGUCCGCAGUAGGAUGGAGUAUUACGCUGGGUUUGGAAGCUCUGGAUCAUUAUCAGACGAGGCCUACAGUUAUUAGCGUUGAAAGAGAUCAUUGGAACUGGAACGUAACGUUCCCUUCAACUACAAUAUGUUUUGAUGCGUUACAUACUCAGAGUGUUGACAAGAUAAUCAGAGAAUUAAAUAUUACUGACAAAAAAGAACGAUCGAAAUUCCCAGAGUUUUUGGAGGUUCUGGCAUUUGGGAAAUUUGAGAACUAUUCGGCUUUUGCAAACUAUUCGAGCGAUUCUAUUUAUUUCCAAGUUGAUAAGUACGUAGAAUGGGUUGUAAAUUCAAGGGCCCCUUUUGAUCCAAAUCAAUUUACGCAAAAGUUUGGAGAAGUACGAGAAUUUGUAAUGACCCUCUCUGAGCAUGGAUUAUGUUACACGUAUAAUUCGGAGAUUGCGGUGUAUAAUUCCUAUGAAUAUUGGUUAAAUAAUACUUUGGAAUUAGUACCAACCCCACCUGCACUAAUGGUCAAUCCAAGCAUAUCAAAGCCUGCUGCAAUACUAAUGGAAUUGACCGCCGGUUACAAAAUAUUCUUUCAUGGAUAUAACGAAUUACCUGAUUAUUAUUCAACGCCUAUAAAUAUCCCGGCAGCCACGGCUUCUAAAUUUCAGUUAACACUCUCAGACCUUUCCACAUCUCCAGAAGUAAAAGACUUGCAGGUAAGCCAGAGGCAUUGCAGGCUAACCAGUGAAGGAAACUUACAAUACACUCCCGUCUAUAGUCAUCAUUUAUGCUUCAUGGAAUGCCGGAUGAAAGUUUAUUUACGCGUUUGUAAUUGCACACCGUACUAUUUCAGGAGACUAGGGCCCGAUCCCAUUUGUAACCCAGCUGGAAUGAACUGCUUAUUUAAAAAUUUAGAGGAAAUAGAGGCGUUGGGCAUAUCAAGCUGUCAUGGUUGUGACACAAACUGUGAUGAAUAUGUCUUCACAAUUGACUCGGUUGAGACCACUGAUUGGUUUUUGGGAACCAAUGUUGAAUGGGAUCUGAUAAAGUACCCCGAAAUUCGUUACAAGAGGAGUCUAAUCUUUAGUGGAAGCAAUCUAAUAGUUCAGUUUGGAGGAGCAACUGGUCUUCUUUUGGGUGCAAGUGUUUUGAGCCUAGCUGAAAUAGUAUUUUUCGUGACUUUGCGCUUUUGUUGGUGCGUAUUUGGAAAAAGGCAGGUUGACUAAUUUAAGUUUAGAAAUGUA